CCCCUCCCAUGGUUCUAAGUCUCUAUAAGACCAGCCGUCCAGCAGCGACCAUUUCCUGCUCUCUGACUCUCCUCUCCUCCGUCUCUCCGUCUGUCUGUCUGUGGAUCUCUGAGCGACAGCCAUCAUGUUCGUUGCUCCACCUGGCUAUCAGCCCGUCUACAACCCUAGUAUCCCCUAUGUGGGGCCGAUCUACGGCGGGCUGAGAUCAGGGAUGUCUGUUUACAUCCAGGGAGUCAUCCCUCACGAGAUCACCAGGUUUAACAUUAACCUGCAGUGUGGGGAAUUUGAGGGCAGUGAUAUCGGCUUUCACUUCAACCCUCGUUUCGACGGAUGGGACAAGGUGGUGUUCAACAGCUGCCAGGAAGGGGAAUGGGGUUCAGAGGAGAAGACCCACCACAUGCCUUUUAGCAAGGGAGACGCCUUCGAGAUGGUUAUCAUCAUUAACCAGGAGGGUUACCAGGUGACAGUGAACGGGCGAGACUUUCACAUGUUCAAGCAUCGUAUUCCAGUCGAGAGAGUCAACGCUCUGCAGAUAGGGGGCGACGUUUCCAUCCAGACCAUCAACGUCAUUGGGGGAGGAGGAGGAAUGGGAGGUGGAUAUCCUACAGGAGGAAUGGGAGGAGGCAACAUGGUGGGAGGAUAUCCUGCUGGCGGAUACCCAGGUGGUCAAAUGGGGGGCGGAGGAUACCCACAGGGCGGAGGAUACCCACAGGGCGGAGGAUACCCACAGGGCGGAGGAUACCCACAGGGAGGAGGAUACCCAGGUGACAUGGGGGUCUAUCCUGGUGGAAACCUACCGGUCAUGGAUGGACAGCCAAUAUACAACCCUCCUGUCCCGUACUCCAGCAUGAUUCCAGGAGGGAUGUCACCGAAGAAGACCAUCGUCAUCAGAGGCAUGGUGCCACUAGGAGCUAACAGGUUCUCUAUAAACUUCAUUGUGGGCGGCUCGCGGGACAUAGCGUUCCACAUGAACCCUCGUCUACAGGAAAGAGAGGUGGUGAGAAACAGUUUUAUUGGUGGGAGCUGGGGCAUGGAGGAGAGAGAGAUCAGCAUCAACCCCUUCCUGGAGGGACAGUACUUUGACAUGUCUAUCCGUUGUGGGAACCAGCGGUUCAAGGUGUUUGUGAACGGGCAGCACAUGUGUGACUUCUUCCAUCGCUUCCAGAACUACAACCAGAUAGACACGGUGGAGCUGGAGGGAGACGUACAGAUCUCAUACGUACACUUCUGAGAUAAUACACACACACACACACACACAAUACUACACACACACACAAUACUACACACACACAAUACUACACACACACACACACACACACACACACACACAAUGAUUCAGCAUUGUACCUCUGUCAGCAGGUUGCUAUUAGAUGUUAAGUGGAUCGUAAGAGAGAGAAUCAAAGUAAUCAAACUGCUUCUAAUAAAAUAAAUAUGAUUCCCAGA